GACUUAUUAAUUUUAAUGUUAAGUUAGCAGUAGAAGAAUCUUAAAAAGUAUUUGGAUUUGGAGUUACAAUUUUGAAUAGAAAAGUUAAUAUAAGAUGGAUGAGGUACAUGACUUGGAAGAUUGGAGAAUUUCCUUAUCCUCACGAAACAAUGUGAUAUAUAAUGGUACUCCGUAUGUUCCUAUGCUAGUGGAGAACAUUCUUAUACAUAUUUCUUUCGAAGAUUACGAGACAAAUGGGAUUAAAACAAUACAAACAGUAGGAAAACUUAUUCCAAAAACUGAAACGGUUGCUACACUUUUAUCUGUGACACCUGGAAAUAAUUCUGCAUUUUCUGUUAGCCUCAAAAUUUUAAAAGUUAGAGAUAUAUACAUUAAAGAUUCAAAUGAUAUAUAUUGUCCAAUAUGGAAAAAAUGCAGUAUAUUUAAAAUAUAUGGAACUUUAAAGAAGGAAGGAUUAGAAAAUGUUUUAGAGGCUUCUCAUUUGGUUCCAGUACAAGAUGUUGUGGGUACGUGGAAUCUAAUGGCAUCAUUAAGCAUAAUUGCACGUUCAGAAUAUCGCCACUACUACCGUACCAAAGGACAAAGUAAUAUGUUACAAUUACAAUGGGAUAAAAUGAAAAAGGAAAACAAACGAGUUACAAAGAAAGACAUAAACAUUUGAUAAAAUAUAUUAUUUCAAAAUCAGUUGUGAACAUACAUAAAUAUAUACUUGUAAUAAAAAGUAUAUUAUAUUUUCUUAUGUAUUAAAGUAUGUAUAAAAUUGUUAAUAAAUUGUUAUGAACAGAUACUUUGAUUAAUGUGCA